AUGCCGCAGUUCUACUGUCACAGAUGCCGUCGUUCGUUUGACCUCGAACCGGAAGCUCGGCUCGCUUGUGUCAGGUGCAACGACGAUUUCAUCGAGCUGAUCAACAUACCACCAGGCGGUGAGUCGCCCCUUCAAUAACACACUGAUGACCAAUUAUAUAAAGGCAUAGCAGCGGCGAUGCAACCGAACGGAGUCCAGGCUCUCCAUCAGAUUGCCGACAUGUUCCGCCAAGGACUCGAGAGACAGUUUCAACAACAAGCUCAGCAACAGCAGCAGCAGAAUGCUCAACCGCCGAAUGCUCCCAACCAGGAGCAGCCAGCUGCUACUGCCGGAAACAGUCCUAGACCGGCGCCUGAAGAAGAUAUGCAGGCUCUCGAAAACUUCGUGAACAGAAUGUUCGAAGUGGGUGGACCCAUCUAAAUUCUACAAUUUUAUAAAAAUGUUUCAGAUGCGUCCCGAUGGGGAAGGGCCACGUGCGCAACCACAGGCUCAGCCACAGGGACCAGGAAACGUGUCAAUGUCGUUCCAAAUCCACGGCGGCUUGCCCGGCAGAAAUGCGAACGGCAUUCUGCCGCGUCAAUUCUUCGGGAACAUCAUAGAUGCUGAUCCGACGGAGCUGGAAGCCGCCAUGAAUGACAUGCUUGCGAUGAUGGAAAAUAAUAUUGAUGGACGCGGAUUCAACGACAACGAGAUCAGCAUGUACCUUCCGAUGAAGAAGGUCACUCAGCAGCACGUCGACAACGGAGCCCAGUGCACCACUUGCUUCGACACAUUCAAACUGGGCGACGACGUCGGAUGCCUGGAUUGCAAUCACAUUUUUCAUCGUCCUUGCAUCGAGCCGUGGCUCAAAAACAAGAAUUCGUGUCCGGUGUGUCGUCAGAACGUCAACAUGCGUCAAUGGAAGAGGAAGCACCAGGAAAUGGUAAGUGAAAGUUAGCGAAUUCCCAAAACAAUGUUAUUCACAGAACCAGGAGGCUGUUCUGGAAGACCUCGACUAG